AUGUCUCUCAAUGGGCUAGAUACUCCCGUCGUCAUCGAUGCCUAUCAGAGCGCUCUCACUGAUGCGGGUGGAUGGUUCCUUCUGCAUUACAUCGCAAGAGAUGAAGUGACUUUGCUCGACCGAGGCAACAGCGGGGUGUCCGAGGUUCGCAAUGCCAUCGACAACUAUGGGGAAGUCUCGCCACUCUAUGGCUUCUUGCAUUACCGGCGCAGGAAAGUCAUCCUCCGCUACAUGCCCGAGGGAUUGUCCCGACUUAUCUUAGCCCGAAGCAAUGUACAAUUCCAAUCCGUCCUAGACAAAUUUACUCCGAACGAUACCGUACUGCCCCUUACCCAAGCCUCCGACCUCAAUGAGAGUGCCCUUUCUUCAGCAUGUCUUUUGCAUACAGCCUCGGGGUCGAUCACUUCUUCUUCCAGCUCACUUCGUCGUCGACGAUUGAUGGAGAUUACAGAAGAUGCGGAGGAAAGCGGCACGAAAGAAGAGACAAAGGAGACUGCGCAGUCGCUACAACCAGAACCACAACUACCAACCAAAAGUGAGAUGAGACAAAGACCAGUGAGCCAAUUGUCAGAGGCAACAGUUGUGCCUCCGACGACUGCUCCAGAAACCCCCGAAGUCGAAAAGUCCUCUCCUGACCUUCGACCCCCACCAUCACGAGCGAGCUCUCGUCCUCCCCCUUCUCGCGGAAGAAGUCCGAGUGAAACACACUCGGAAGCCAUGUCCGCGACCCCUCAAUCCCCAGCUUCCAGCUCGGGUCGUUCCAAACAUCGAAAUAUUCUUGACGAAUUCCCCCGCCCAUCAGACGAAGUACGCAUGUCUACGCAAUCGGCACGUCCCUCAUUACGCGAUUUAGAGCGAGCAUCUACAUACUCAACUACACCAAAGGUUAAACGUGGACCACGCCCUUCUUUAGAUCAUAGUGGACGACCUCGCACUUCUGGAAGCUCUAAAAAUGCAGAGCAACGACCGGUCGCCUCUCUCCCAUCGAACAUACGUUCAUCAUCCGUACGAAAGCAAGCUGCCACCGUUGAGCCUCCUCGUCCCCGGUCCCAGGGCAGCUCUUUCGCGGCCAGACCAAACAGCCGUAUCCCGCCAAUUCCUCCUCUUCUUGUCCCACCUCCCAGCAUCCCUAUUUCCAGGCCUCAAUUAUCUCCAGGCGCCAAGUCGCUUGGUGCAUUGUCGUCCUCGUCCGGGUUGACGCCGGAGAAGGAACGAUUAAUGAAGGCACUUCAGCAGCGACGAAAAGCCAUGGCCAAGCGAGCGGAGCAGACGAAAAACAAAUCAACGAUUGCUGAGGUAGAGGAACCAAAGCCACAGAUUGAUCUUACUCAAAAUCCGGAGGAAAACAAAGAAAAUGUCAAUUUUGUACCGAUUGAGAUUCACACAUCGGGGCACGAACAGCUACGUGAACGGAGAUCUUUGGAGCCUUCUCCCAUACUUGAACCAUCUGAACCAGAAUGCGCGCCUUCCCAGAUCCCAAUUGAGAGCGAGGAAGAGACUCCAAUUCCCGGUUCGGCCGAAGCAUCCAAGCCCGAGUCUACAACCGAUAACGCUGUGUCAGAUUCCGAGUACGGUCCAUCCUCACAUACUUCAGGACCCAGUGCUGAGACCACAUUCUCAAUUGAACAUUACGAUAACACGGAGGCUAUAAAGUCGGAGACACCGCAGGCAAAUCUUGAAUCUGAAACCCGUGCCGAGCCUGAGGACUCCGCAAUUCCUAGCCUAACAGAGACUAAGGAAAACCCGGUCCCACUCAGCGCGGAUGUCGAAAUCCCCCUUCUCCCGAUGCCCACUGAGGUUCCAGAACUUCCAGAACAAUCAUCUGAACUUAAUGAUUCUUCCUCUCUCAAGUCAGAUACCCCUGCAUCGGUAAUUGAGCAGCUGGAGGCUUCCGUUGUGGAACCCACGUCCACUCCUGAGGAGGCCCCUGAGUCUGUCUCCAUCCCCGUCACGCCCGCCGUCAAUUCCCCACCAAGCCCCGGGCCCGAGCCCACGGUCGCACCUGUUUCGGUUUCAAUUGAUCCUGUCUCGCUGGAUGAAAUUAAGCCCGAAGGACCUCAGAUCGAGAACCCCGCUUCCCUCCCCUUAGACCAGCGGAGGAAGGUUCACCUUGAACCCAUCCAGGUCCCAACCCUCGAAUACUCGGAUGACGACAACCUGCUCUCGGACGAUUCUUUCAUGGAGGAAUUGAGGUCUGCGACAGUGCAGGAGGCCCGGCCAGUCGCUGUGAACUCACCAAAUGGUGGCCAGCACUGGAGAAGCCCCUCCCGCGCUGUCUCCAGCCCCAAUGGGCUUCCAUCGCCAUCCGUCUCACACCACUUGGCUGUAGGUGGCAGAUCCGCCUCAAGCUCUUACCUUGAACAUGCACCCGGAACUCCAGUGCUUGUGGCGAAGAAGAUCAACGUCUCAUCUGGUAUCUCGAGUCGCAUCAAGGCUUUGGAAAAGCUCUCGAGUGCUACUCCCACCGCUGCCACGCACAAUCUUCCUGCGCCAUCCAACUCCUCAUCCUUCGAGAGCCUUCGCAAGCGUGCAUCUGUCUCCUACCCUGGCGAUGUCACUUUGCCUGAUUUCUCUCGCGCCCCAAGCGUGAACCACCAUGAUGCCCGUCCUGUCUCCAACAUGUCUCGCCGUACCAGCUCGAUCUCCGUUGCGGCCCAUGUUGUACGCGAUACCAAUAGCUCUAGCGUCACUGUCGGUUCUGAGCCUUCUGAAUCAAACGCGGCUAAUCUCCAGACUAGUCUGCCGACUGUCAAUCAUGAGUUGAUUGAAGAGCCUGUAGUGACACCCCCAGUGGUUGAAUCCACGAAUCGGUUGGAGAGCCGAAGCAUGUCAAUCUCGUCUACUGGCUCUGGCCGACAGACUCUCACGCCGCGCCCUACCAGCCGAUUGUCAUUAUCUUCACGCUCCAAGACGGAUGAGAACUUGCAGUCUUCAUCGAACAACGAAGACAAGAAGGCGUCUCGUACCUCGCGUUUGAUGAAACGUAUGUCCUCGAUCACCUCUUCUUCUCGUCGCAGUCUCAUUGGAGCUCUGAGCUCCCCUGUCAAGGAAGAAGAGCUCUCUGCUAUCUCUCCUGGCGAGUCUGCUAUUUCCCCAUCGACCUCGCACCAACGCCUGGUUGAACCAAUUGAGAUUGGCGAGGUCAAUGUUCAAUUCCCGGAUACACUCCUUUGGAAACGUCGUGUCAUGCGCAUUGAUGAGAAUGGAUACCUUGUGCUUGCACCCGGUACCAACGACUCCACUGCUCGCAAUAUGAUCAAACGCUACCACCUCACCGAAUUCCGCACUCCUUGUCUCCCAGAUGAGGAUAUGCAAGAGUUACCAAACAGCAUUCUGUUGAAUUUUUUGGAUGGUAGUACUCUUCAGUGUGCUUGUGAAUCACGCCAAGGGCAAACAUUUGUCCUCCAGACUCUUAUCGAAGCUCACGCUGCCAAUCAAGCUUAA